UCACGCACACGUUCACUUCUCAAACGAGCUUCUUCUAGUGAGCAGUUACCAACUUACAGAGAGAGCUUGAAACAAAGAAGGCCGAUUUAAAGAUGAAAAUGAAUUUUUCUGCUACUGUGCUUCUUGCUGCCGUCAUAAUUUUACUGACGUGGCUUGUUUCUAUGGUCAUUAAUUGGCUACGCUUUGUAAGGAGAGUCAACGACAUACCUGGUCCUAGAGGAUAUUUUAAAUUAAGAUUCUCUUCCAUUCCCAAAGAUCGUUCUUUUGAAGCGUUAUACAGACAAGGAAAGAAGUAUGCCCCUAUUUCCCGAAUAUGGUUCGGAUUUACUGCUUUGGUACAGCUUACAAGACCGGAGCAUGCAGCCGUAAUCCUCAGUUCCAAGAAAUUUAUUAAUAAACCUAAGUAUUACACACUCAUGUGUGAAUUUAUUGGAAACGGAUUAGUUACAUCUGCAGGGACGCAGUGGGAGUCUCAAAGAACACUGAUCACGCCAGCUUUCCACAUAAAGGUCAUUGAGUCGCACCAGGAGGUAUUUGUGAGAGGAAGCGAACUACUCAUGACAAAACUUCAGCAGCAUGCUAGAAAAGACGAAUUUAAUAUGAUGCCCUACCUCAUGAAUUUCGCAUUUGACGUAAUAUGUGGAGCUGCUAUUGGUGUGAAUCUACAAGAACGGGAAGAAUUUUAUUCGGAGUUGUUGACAGCUGCCAAUGAGUUGAACGACUUAACGUUUAAACGUUCUCUGCCUACGUGGCAGUCUUGGAACAUCCUUUUCAAACUCUCUGCUGAUGGAAGGAGAUUCCAGCGGAACAUUGACAUGUUUAACGCAUUUUUCGAUAAAGCUAUUCGUGAAAUGAAGUCGGAAUUAAGUUGCAAUAACAUCAGCAACACCGAAAACGACAUUUUCCGUAAUAAUACGAAGAAUGUGGCACUGCAAAGUUUACUCCUGCAGAAUGAAGGCAUGUUAUCCGACAAAGAAAUAAGGGAUCAUGUGAAAACAACCAUAAUAGCGGGUUAUGAAACAACAUUGGCCUCUUUAAGUUGGACGCUAUUCCUUCUUGGCAAACACAAGGAUGUACAGUUAAAGGUUUACGAGGAGCAGCAGAGCAUAUUCCACGGCUCUGACAAGCAUGUCAGUACGGAGGAUGUCAAGAAGAUGAAGUACUUGAAGCAAGUGAUCGAAGAAGCAGCGAGGCUCUACCCUCCCGUGCCAGUAGUCCUCCGUCAAAUCGAGGAGGAUGUUUCGAUUGGGGACUACGUGGUACCUGCUGGAGUCGUGGUCAACAUCAACAUUUACCACCUGCAUCGCUGCGCCGACCAGUUUCCGGACCCAGAAAUCUUCAAUCCAGACAACUUUCUCCCGGAGAGGAUCGAUGCUAGGCAUCCCUUCUCCUACUUACCUUUCAGCGCUGGUCCCCGAAACUGCAUUGGGAAGAGGUUCACGCUGAAGGAACAGACUACGUUGCUGUCGUACAUCCUCCGCAAGUACGAGGUGCACUCGACGCAGACGAAGGAGACGAUGGCCCCAGUUAGGAGCAUCACGCUGAGGCCAGGGAACGGCCUUUGGGUCAAGAUCCGACAGAGAGACUGACUUCGGCGACAGAAACUCGACGCCUGCAUCUAUCCUGGCAUCUCCCCCCCUCCCCUUCGUAAUGUUACCUAAAGCUGGGCUGCACUCUCCUUUAUGAGUUAUCGUGUUUUAAUUCCAUAAUCUUACACCGAGGACAAUUUCAUUGGAUGUUAGUGAAACAUGAAUGUUAGCACGGCUGUUGGAAAUGUAGCACCAUCUCACUCAUUGUCUGAUGAUCGCUUCUUCUAUUUGUUCUUCACAUUUGCAUCAACACUAAUUCCUAAUUUUAUAUGUUCAUUGAAUCUGAACUUUCCAUGAAUCUUACUGAUUUUAUAUUGCUAUCUUCACAUUUAAUAAAAUAAUAUAAUAUAGCAAUAUAUAAGUUGACCGCUUCCCAUGGCUCUUUAGUUAUUUGGAGCGUCAACUUCAUUGCGAAAGGAUUCGGGUUUUAAUCCCAAGUUAGGUAUGUAUGCGUGGGGAGUUUUAAAUUAAUGGCAUAAAAGCUUACCAGAGUAAAAUAUCUUUUCAAGAUAUGUUGUAUGUAUUACUCAUCUGUGAAAAAAACAAAAAAAAAAAACAGAAUAUCCUACUUGUUGUUUGUGAGCAAGGCAUAAUCAAUUUUCAUUAAAAGUUUUGUGGUGAAUAUUUGCCUGAACAUUUAAAAAUAUGGAAUAACGUGUAUCAUAUAUCCUACACCAAAAUUAAAAAGAAAACAUAAUGCGCAAUGCUUACAAAGUAAUCAAAUCAGUAAGAGAAACUAAGACACAGAUUCAAAAAUUAAAUAAUACACCACGGUGAGCCAUGUCCAGCCUUAAUAUCUCAGUUACUAUAGAUAUAUUUUCUAUUAGUUUUGCCUAACUAUAAAAGACUAUGUUUAUUAUUAAAUUUGAUUGCUAGUGAACUGUAGGAGUGACAAGGCGGUUCUGGGACGAUAUAAACAUUGAAAUGUAAACAUUGCGCCAGAAACACCCUGGGGGCCGCCAUCUUGUCUCGUGGGGGCCGCCAUUGUUGUUGACAUCGGUUACCAGGGCGCGCCACCGUCGCCGCCACUUGACGCCGCCAAUUUUUUUUUUUUUCGUCUGCUGGAGACCGCCAUCUUAGUUCGGCCUUUAGUUACCGGAGCGCGCCACCGUCGCUCCGAAGGCAGGAAUUGUAUACAAAAAAUCCUGGGCGGCGUGUGGAUUCGAUCCAUGGGACGCAGCAACGCUGAGGUUGGGAGGCAGACGCCUUGACCAUUAGACCACGGAACCAGUUGACGAGAGUAGAAUUAAAUAAUGUACAUAUGAUGCCAUGUCUUUGAAUUUCGAAAAAUAUGCUUAAAGCAACCCCCCCCCCCCACCACUCCACAACCGCCGCCAUGUUGUAUGCUUAAACCAUAAAAUUUCCAAAAAAAAUGCUUAAAGCAAUUGCCGCCACACUAGCUAUGCCUAAACCUCCAUGUUUAAAUGUAAAAAAAAUAAAAGCCCGCCAUACUAGCUAUGUAUAAACUGCCAUGUUGUAUGCUUAAAACAAUUGACACCAUGAUGUAUGCUUAAAGCAAACCCCCUACUAUUAUGCUUAACCCGUCAUGUUUUAAAUUUCCAAAAAGAAAUAAAAUAUCGCCAUAUUUAAAUUUUCCAAAAAAAAAUUUACUGCCAUAUUUAAUUUUUCCAAAAAAAAUAAAUAUAAUUGCCGCUAUGCUUAAAACACACCCCCCCAUACUAGUUAUGCUUAACCAGUCAUAUUUAAAUUUCCAAAAGCCAUUUUAAAUUUCGAAAAACAACCCCCACCAUUAUGCUUAAGCCGCCAAGGUUAAAUUUGGAAAAGUAUGCUUAAGGCGUCAUUUUGUAUGCUUAAAACAAUUGACGUCAUAUUUUAAAAUUUCCAAAAAAUAUGUUUAAAACAAACACUACCUUACUAGCUAUGACUAAAUACCUGGGAGAAACAUAACCUCAAAAAAUCCCGCGCAGAGAGAGAAGAUGUUGUCCGCUGGAGUGUCACUCAUAAACUGCGCAAUUAUAAUCCCAACAUCAUAUUAUAAGCAUAAUAAUAACUUUAGUGGUAGUACUUGUGCAACACGCCAAGUAAUAAGCAUAGUUAAAAAAAUAUAGGACCUCUAUUGUGGUAGAUCACGCUCAAAUAGUAAUAAACAUAGUUAAAAUUUAUAAUAUUGUAAAGAUAGUUAAGUAUUAAGCAUAGUUUCAAAGUAUUAAGCAUAGUUAGGACAAAGACUAUUAAUUUACGUUGAGUACAAUAAAUAUUAUACAAACAAUGUGUUAAGUAUUAAGCAUAGUUAGGACAAAGACUAUUAUUUUACGUCGAGUGCAAACGUUGUGCUGGAAGCCUCGCUCGUGCGCCGGCGACCAGGAAUGUGUUUACCUGCUGGGUGACAGUGAAAGUGUUUACCACAGAGAAACAAGGUCAGGCCAUCGCUGCGUACAGGAAAGGAGCAAGCACAAGGAACAUACAGAGGUGGAAAAAUAAAUAAUGUAGACAACACACGGGUAAAAAAAAAGAAUGUCAGUUUUAUUUAAUUAGGGUAUAAAAAAUAUCAUCGUCGACCAAUCAUGUGUGGCGGACAACUCCAACCCCGAAGGCCCCGCCAACACUUCAAUCCCCUUGGCCGCAGCAAGCGCACGGUCCACCCAUCGCUGUGGCCAACUCCAGGGUCACGUCCCCGAAAGUCCCGCGGUGGAUGUAGUUCACCCUCCACCACCUCCUCCACGAAAAAUAGCUUGGCUAUCUCUCUCGGUAUUUGGCUCGCCAAAUCGUCGCGUGUGGAUACAUCUAUCUUGUGUUGGGGGAGAUCUGCAGAACAAUACAUACGCAGUAGCUACAGCAUAACCAAAGUGAGUAAAAUAAUUAUGUGUGUAAAAGAAAAUAAUUACGUGUGUAAAAUAAAUUACAUGUGUAAAAGAAAUUUAAUAUAUGUAAAAGCAUGAAAAUUACGUUAAAAUCAUUCUAGCUUUAAAAGAUAACUUAAACACAUAAACAAUUGUAUAAAUUAUGUUAACAUUUUUUUAAAUAAAUAUAUGUAAAAUAAAUUACAUGUGUAAAAGAAAGAAAAAUUACAUUAGCCUUUGUAAAAAAAAAUAUGGGUAAAAUAAAAUAAUUACUUGUGUAAAAUAAAUAACAUUCACAUGUGUAGAAAAUAAUUACUUAUGUAAAAGAAACCAAUUAUAUGUUUAAAGAGAAACUACGUUAAGAUUUGUAAAGAGAAAAUAUAUAUAGGUAAAAUAAAUUAUGUGUGUAAAAUGAAAUAAAUUAUGUUCACAUGUGUAGAAAAUAAUUACUUGUGUAAAAAUAAAAUAAAUUACGUUAAGAUUUGUAAAGAGAAAAGGAAUAUAUGGGUAAAUUAUUUACAUGUUUAAAAGAGAAAUUUAAUAUAUGUAAAAGUAUGACAAUGAUGUUAAAAACAUUCUAGCUUUAAAUUUAAAAAACAUGUAAACAAUUAUAUAAAUUAUGUUAACAUUUCUUUUUAAAGAAACAUAUGUAAAAUAGAAAAUAAAUUACAUUGGCCUUUGUAAAAAGAGAAAAUUAAAUUACAUGUUUAAUAGAAA